AUUUCCAUCCAAAGUCUCCAAACAUGGUGUAAUCUUUAUAACUACCCACCCAUCAGAAUCCGAUUCCUCUCUCUCAUUAAAUCACUUGAUCAUCCAUAUCUCUUUAAACAAAAUCUGAAUUACAUGGCAGAGUCUGUGAAGAAACCAGAGCUCUUCGAACUCAACAAUGGGAAAAUGAUUGUAAAGGUCUCCAACUAUGGCUGCACCAUCACUUCCUUAUCCGUACCCGGCAAAGAUGGUGAACUGGCUGAUGUUGUUCUCGGAUUCGACUCUCUCGAUCCAUAUCUGAAAGGUUCUUCACCUUUCUUUGGAUGCAUUGUUGGUCGAGUCGCAAACAGGAUCAAAGAUGGCAAAUUUACACUCAAUGGGGUUGAUUAUUCCUUGCCCAUCAACAAGCCCCCAAAUAGUCUCCAUGGUGGAUUCAAGGGUUUCGAUAAGGUGGUUUGGGACGUUGUUGAACACAAACAGGGUGAAAAUCCAUCCAUUGCUUUUAAAUAUCACAGUCAUGACGGGGAGGAAGGUUACCCAGGAGAUGUUUCUAUAACUGUAACUUACACCCUUACUUCAAGCACGACAAUGAGGCUUGACAUGGAGGCUGUACCUGAAAAUAAGCCCACUCCUAUCAAUUUAGCUCAACACACUUACUGGAAUUUAGCAGGUCACAACUCUGGGAACAUACUCGACCAUUCAAUUCAGAUAUGGGCAAAGCAUAUCACACCCGUGGAUCAGAACACCGUUCCAACGGGUGAAAUCAUGCCAGUUAAAGGCACUCCUUUUGAUUUCACAGCUGAGAAGAAAAUCGGGAGUUCGAUUCAUGAGGUUGGUUUAGGUUAUGACCACAAUUUUGUGCUGGACUGUGAGGAUGAAAAAAUGGGCUUGAAACAUGCUGCAAAAGUGAAGGACCCAUCAAGCUCAAGGGUCCUAAAUUUAUGGACCAAUGCUCCCGGUAUGCAGUUUUACACGGCUAACUAUGUGAAUGGAGUUGUGGGUAAAGGAGGGGCUGUGUAUGGGAAGCAGUCGGGGCUCUGUUUGGAGACGCAGGGAUUUCCAAAUGCCGUUAAUCAGCUGAACUUCCCAUCUGUGAUUGUUAAGCCCGGUGAGAAGUAUCAACACAGUAUGUUGUUUGAAUUCUCAGUCGAGUAGGGUAUGCUAGUCUUGGAGAAGGGAAAACGUGAAUAAAUUCUGUUCUUUUUUCUUUUUUUAUUUCUCUCUCUUAGUUCUUAUGGGGUUAUCUGUUCUUUUUUAUGUUAUGGGACCCGAAAUAAUAAUGAGAAAGUUAGUUGAAGUAUGGUUUUUUAGAGAUUGUUCUCUGCAAUGAAUUGCUUAGGAGAGAUGAUCAUCCAAUGGAGAAAACUUUGAGUUAUACAUGAAUAAAGUCUGGUUGUAAUGGAGAAAGCACUGGUUUUGCUUGGUGUGCUGUAAAUACCCGACAUAUCAAUUUAUCAGAAUUUUGGUGUCGUGUA